AAGGCCUUUGUCAGUGGUGUCCAGGGCGCUCUAGGAAGCUGCUUCCUCCCACAGAGCUCUCUGGGCAACCUGCGGGGUUGUCAUCACUCUCUUGCGCUCUCUGAGAGGGAUGGUUCUGACCCUGGCCCCCUGGCACUCUCUGCGUGACACCGCGGGCGUUGCCGUAACCUCACAGAGGGGUCUCUAAGUGACAGGGUCUGUUCUUGUAGUCUUCAAUGGAGAGCGACUGUACAGACCAAUGAUGAGGACCAGCCCUCGCAGGCCCCUGAUUCUCAAGAGACGAAAACUGUCCCUCCCGGAUGGCAAUGCAUCCAACUCUCCAGCAAGAGAUGAACCGGAUGGGGAGAGUAAAGGAGCUCCCAAGCAGGAGCAUAGCAGAGGGGACAAACCCAGGGACAGAGUGGAGUGUGUCACCCAGAAAUUCCCAGCAGGAAUAAAGAUCAUUAAUCACCCAACCAUGCCCAACACCCAGGUGGUGAUCAUCCCUCCCGAUGCUGACAUCCAGAGUAUCAUUGAGGCUCUGACAGCCAAGGGGAAAGAAUGUGGCAGCAAUGGGCCCAACAAGUUCAUUCUUAUCAGCAGUGGGGGCAGCUCUCGCCCCACAGGCUCAGCAGCAACUCAGCAGAAGCUCCAAUCAAAGGAUGAGAUGAGCACAGCAACAAAGGGGACCAGACCAGCAGAUUGUCAGGGUGCAGAGAAGAACAUUGAACAAAACCCUGACAAAACUGUGGAAAGGGCAGUACUGUGGCCUCCACAAGCCAAUUCCAUGGGAGGACAAGAACAGGAAGGAAACAGUAGUGGAGAGGCAACGAGCAGCGGGUUGGAUAACAGUCUGACUAACAUCCAAUGGCUAGGGAAGAUGAGCUCUGAUGGGCUGGGCCCCUGUACUGUGAAACAAGAGAUGGAGAAGGAGAACCAGACACCUGUGCAGGAGAGGAUCAAGACUGAAGAAGACUCCAUUGCUGCUACUGCUACCUCCUCCUCCUUGUGGCAGGACCCGGUAUCAGAACGGCCCCCCUACUCCUACAUGGCCAUGAUCCAGUUUGCCAUCAACAGCACUGAGAAGAAGCGCAUGACCCUGAAGGAUAUCUAUACCUGGAUUGAGGACCAUUUCCCUUAUUUCAAAUAUGUGGCCAAGCCGGGCUGGAAGAACUCCAUUCGACACAAUCUAUCACUUCACGAUAUGUUUGUCCGGGAGACGUCUGCCAAUGGUAAAAUCUCCUUCUGGACGAUCCACCCUGAUGCCAAUCGCUAUCUGACGCUGGACCAAGUGUUCAAGCCGCUGGAUGCGGGGUCACCAACAUCGCCUGAGUACUCUGAAUCACAGCAAAAACGACACAUUCCAGAACUCCAGAAGAACACAGGGGGCAACAGCAGCAACAAAACUGAGCCGCAGAAUGCACGCCGAAAGAUGAAGCCUUUGCUUCCUCGCGUCAGCUCCUACCUGGUUCCAAUCCAGUUUCCUGUGAGCCAACCUCUCAUCCUGCAGUCCUCCCUGAAGGUGCCUCAGCCCGUGGCCCAGGGAGCCUCCCUCAGUGGCUCAGAGUCUAUCCGGAGCAGCAAGCGUGUACGCAUUGCUCCAAAGGUGUUGCCAUCGACUGAAGAGCCAUCCUCAUUCUUGCCCACGGGGCCUGUGAAGGAGAAGAGUCACUGUGAUGAAAGGCCGUCCCCAUUUGCCCCAACCCAAUCUGUAAAGGAGAACAACUCCCAGCCUGGUGAAGCACCAGCCUCUUUCCCUGCAGCCCUGUGUAUAAAGGAGGAGAAGGAGGACUGCUGUCCUGACAAAUGGCUGCCCUCAUUCCCCCCAGUCUUGUCUAUAAAGGAGGAACCAAUGCAGUCUGAUGAAGAGCCAGGCCUGUUGCUCCCAGUACCAUGUGUGAAGAGGGAGAAACACUUCCCUGUGCUGAAGUCCCCGCCCCGCGGCGUAUCUGACACAGUGAUUAUAAAGAGGCGGAAGAUGGGCAGGUCCAGAAGGAAACAGCACCUAGUGCUACCUUGCUCAGAAGAGCCAGUCCUGGUUCUGCCAGAGAGCAGUGGCUCUGACUCCUUCAGGUUGACAUUGGACUUUCCUUUCCUGCAGGAAACCCAGUCUCUGGAGCUCAGCUGCUCCCAGGAGGAGGGUGGCCCCUUUAAAACACCAGUCAAGGAGAUGUUCUGCAAACUGCCAGUUUCCUCCACCCCAAGCAAAGUCCCAACUGCUACGCCACCAACGGGGGGCCCUGACUCCUGGAGACUUGCACCCAUUGCUAAGGAAAGCAGUGAGCUGGAUUUCAGCCCCGUGAGAACCCUUCAGGUGCCAUUCACAUCCCUCCAAGAGAACUUGGACUUGCUGGGCUUCAACAGCACUCCCCUUAAAAACUCCUUGUUUGACUCCCCUCAACAGCUUCUCCAAACAGAGUCCAAUGACAUGGUUUCCGGGCCCCUCACAAGCUCUCCUGCUUCCAAUCCUGAAUCCACCAAGCAAUCAUCCCCGGAAUUGCCAGCCUCUGGACUUCCUGAGAACCAGUCUCUCAUGGAGGGCCUGGUUCUGGACACCAUGAACAACAGCCUGAGCAAAAUCCUGCUGGAUAUCAGCUUUUCUGGCCUAGAGGAUGACAUCCUGGGGCAAGAGAUGAGCUGGUCUCAGUUUAUUCCUGAACUGAGAUAGGCUGUGUUUGGCUUAUUCCCAAGCUGUAAUGGACACUGGGCUCUACUGAGACUUGCUUAGAUGGGAUAUGCAGGGGCCCAUAAUGUGGUUUUGACUUAUUCCCAUUGGGAAUACUGGGCUGUGCUGAGAUCUGCUUGGCUGGAAAACAGACAGGCCCAUUGGCUGCUAUGAGCUCAUUUAUGAGCUGCAAUAAAUAUUGGUCUGGGACAGGCUGGGGCUUAUUGGCUGGUCUUGCCUCAGGCCUGAGUAAGUGGAGAAACAGAGUCCCUUGUGAAAAGGUGUCAGGGAAGGUUUCCAGGUGGGUGCUGAAUCACCCUGCCAUCCAAGGGGUUGGAGGCGAUGAGGAUAGGCCCCUCCAAAGUACACCUACUGGAGGGAGGAAAGUCCCAAGCCUUUCCUGGCUCUGUCCUCAACAACUCCCUCGUACAAUUCCCUUCCUUUCACUCUGCUCCACUUUUCUGAGAUGCCUUGCCUGUCAUGACUCUGUAAAUAUUGUACAUUCCUUAAAUUAGCUUUUAAUUAUAAAUGUCACUUUAUUCUUUUAGAACUUUUAUGGGCAUAGAAAUGGGUGGUAAAAGGCUUGAUUUGAAGCAUUGUCCCUGUCUCUUCUCCCUGAACCAGGUUGAAUGCCUAAGAUGCCAUUUUUGGUCUUUUUUCACUUCAGAAACACAUUGGCAUAGGACACUCUGAGUGUUGGCAGGGGCAGAGGUUGAAAGAUCACCCCUCCGCAAGUGUGUGUCUAUUCCAAUUGAAGUGGUGGAGAGGAAUUGUAAGAUGGAUGUUAAAAUCUUCACUUAAAAAUAUGCGGUCUCUUGAAACUCACUUGUGUAUCUUCCACUGCAGUGUGUAAUAGGGCAGCUGGUGUCAGUCCUCCGGAGUUUAUGUAAUAAGAAGGAAUGUGCCCUGGAAGGACUUUAGAUAGGGCCUCUGUUCAAAAACAAAAUAAGACACAGACAUACCUCAACCAAACCGUUUCCAUUUACUGUGUAUAAACUGGGGGUGGGAUCGCUGGGCCACGUGCUGCCAUUGCUGCUUUCAAGAGUCAGAGCCAGCACCGCUAUUCUAACUUUCUUUCUUGGUGCGAGUGCAUUUUAACAAUUCACUCAAGGUAGACAAUGCAAUGAGGAGUUAAUUUCCAUUGCCUAAUAUUCAUGCUCUAGCACUGUGAUUCAGUUCUGAAAGCAAGCCCUAGACUAAUUCAGGAGGUAUGUGGGGUGGAAAAGAACUGUGAGCGGAAGGGGGAAAGAAGGAUGAGUCGGGUUCCAUCUUGUCAACGUUUGGGGAAAUCCCACAAUUGUGGGAGAUUCCUAGGAUCUGUUCUGGUAGCUGUCCAGAGCUGAAGACCCAGACAGUAAGCUCUUAGCUUUUUUCUUCCUCAGCUUUGAGAACUCCAGGAUCAUGAUUUCAUACGGUCACCAUUCCCCCUUCUCCCCAUCUUAAAUGCAGCUUAGCUUUAGGGGCCAGGGGGAGCAAAAACAUAAAUUUUUCAAAAAUAGAAGGGUGAGGUGGAAAAAAAGGAACAAGCAAGGGAUGAAAGGAAAGCAGCAAAUAGCCAGGAAAGAAGGGAGACGGUGGCAACUGUGUCCACCCAUGGAGCAGGGAGACGAUCCACCAGUGUAUCACAUGUAGGAGCGCCAGUAAAAGACUAGGAGACACCUGGCUAGCACCAAGCCACUGUU